UGGCCCGGGCAGGAAGUGGCCACAACCCGGAAGUGAUGUUUCACGUGUUGUUGGCUUGGAGGGCUUGGAUUAAGUAUGGCUUUGGAAGGGAAGAACAAAAAGAAGAAGAGAAGUGCCGAGCCUGGAGAGAAGCUGGACGGCGGCGUCGGCGGGCAUCUGACCGGAGACUACCUGGUUGGACAAGUGGCCGGUAGCUUAGCCCACGGCAAGCGCCCCUCCAGAGGCGGUACAGGUCGGCUGGCGUCUCUUUUUAGCUCUUUGGAGCCGCAAGUUCAACCCGUGUACGUGCCCGUGCCCAAAGAAACCGCCAAAAAAAGGAAACGGGAUGAGGAGGAAGAAAGUACACUCCAGACUCAAAGACCGUUUUUGCAAGAAGGUGCAAAAAAAGUAAAAGCGAAGAAGAAACUCUCCGAGGCAGACAAAAAUUUAGCAAACAGGGAAAGCGCUCUAGCAAGUGCUGAUUUAGAAGAAGAAAGUCAACAAAAACAAGGGCAGAAAGAAAAAAAUUCUCAGUCUAAAGUUAAAGUUGCAGCUAGAAAAUUACUUGAAGAUGCAGAUCACAACUUUGAUGUAAGUCAAAGAAAGAAAACCCAAAUCAACCAAGAGGAAGAGAAAUUAAAGAAUGAGAGAACUGUGUUUGUUGGAAAUUUGCCUGUCACAUGUAAUAAGAAGAAACUGAAGUCAUUUUUUAAGGAGUAUGGGCCAAUAGAGUCUGUACGAUUUCGUUCUCUGAUUCCAGCAGAGGAAACUCUAUCCAAAAAGUUGGCGGCUAUCAAACGUAAAAUUCAUCCUGAUCAGAAAAAUAUUAAUGCUUAUGUUGUAUUUAAGGACCAGAGUGCUGCUACAAAGGCAUUGGAAAGAAAUGGGGCCCACAUUGCAGAUGGAUUUCGUAUUAGAGUUGAUCUUGCAUCUGAGACCUCAUCUAGGGACAAGAGAUCAGUGUUUGUGGGGAACCUCCCUUACAAAGUUGAAGAAACUGCAGUAGAAGAACACUUUUUGGAUUGUGGAAAUAUUGUGGCAGUGAGGAUUGUGAGAGACCAAAUUACAGGAAUUGGCAAAGGGUUUGGCUAUGUGCUCUUUGAGAAUAAAGAUUCUGUUCAUCUUGCUCUGAAAUUAAAUAAUUCUGAACUAAUGGGAAGAAAACUCAGAGUCAUGCGUUCUGUUAAUAAAGAAAAAUUAAAUUCAAAAUCAAAAAAUUCAAAUCCAGUUUUGAAGACUGGUGGUAAACCUAAAGAAGGACUUAACUUUGCUUCCAAAAAAGCAGAAAGACAUUCUAAAGGUGUGUUUAUUGGGGAAAAAGCUGUCUUCACUAAAAAGAAGAGAGGACAGAAGAAAAGUGGACCAAUUAAGAAACAGAGAAAACAGAAGUAGCAAUCGGAAGCUGGUGUUUUUUAAUCCUCACCAAGCUCUGCUAAUAAAAGUAAGGUGAACCUG